AUGUUCCGCAACAAUUCUGGACAAGUCGGAAGCCGAAUUAUGUUGCAAACUCUUACGCAGACCAUAGACGUUCCACUGUUUUUUGGAAGACGCGAGUAUUGGGAGACGUUUCGCGAUCACUUUCGCAAUCUUAUACAUGCGAACGCACAUUUCAGUGACGUCGAGCGGAUGUUUUGUUUAAAGGCUCAAGUUCAAGGCGAGGCAAAGAGCGCAAUAGAAAUAACGCAAGUGAUAGGCGCAAACUAUGCGACGGCAUGGGCAUUACUGGAGACCUGCUAUGAACACCCGCGCUUAUUGGUACGAGACCACCUCAAGGCCUUACGCAACACUGCAACAAUGCGACACGAGACUGCUGCGGGACUCCAACGACUGAACGACACACUGGAUCGUCACCGCGAUCAACUUCGAACUCUCUGUCGCCCCGUGGACAUGUGGGAUGAUUGGUCCGUAUCGAUAGCUACCACAUGUGUUAAUCCAGACACUCGAAGAGCUUGGGAGGACGAACUCGAGCGCGCUGAUGCAUACCAUGACAUAGAGAUCGAUAAUUCGGCUGCCUACGCUGGUCUUUCUCCGUUUCUACAACGACGAUAUCGCACUCUAACAUCUGAAGAAUUUUCGCGGUCACUGAGUGUCUCAGCGAACCGAGCCUACACACCUACACAUUUAGAGCAACGCAGCUAUAGGGCUUUGGCUCUUCGAGCGGCUCCAACUCCAUGUGAGAAAUGGCGCGGCCCGCAUUACAUAGCUCGCUGUAGCAGUUUCAUGCGCCGUACUUCAAUGUACUGGCGAGAAGUCGCCACGAAGGCGGGUCUUUGUUUCAACUGCUUGAGACCAGGUUACUCUGCAAAUAAUUGCCCAUCCCCUGGGACUUGCAUGGUCUGUCUAACCCGUCAUCACACAAUGCUCCACCCCAUCGACCGUAAGCAAGAAGCCCCGCCAUAA